GUCAACUCUCAACUGAACCAUGGGCACGCUUGGUUAGGAAGUGAAAUCUUUAUAUUUGAUAACGGGACUCUCCAAAAGCAAAAAGCGCGUUGACAUUUUCUUAAAGUUAGCGCACCAAAAUGAUCGACGAUUUCGAUAAUAAAAAAGAGGCCCGGUCCAGCGGAGAACUGUGGUCUGAGAUCUGCUCCAGUUUACCAGAAGCGCAAGAGCAGGCUUUUCAAGAAAACGGUGCUCAGUUCACAGACUCCUUUCAACCGGCAUCGCAAGUCAGAGUGCAGUUCAAUGGACAAUCAGAUGGGACAACGACAAGCUCUUCUAGUGCCAAGUGGGAACCAAUGGAAGAUUCUGAGAUCUACAUAGCUAGUUUAGAGAACCGUUUGAAGAGACUGAAGGGUCAGUCCAGUGAUGUAACUUCCAGGGAUAUGCUGCGCUCUUUGUCUCAGGCCAAGAAGGAAUGCUGGGAUAGAUUUCUACAUGAUGCCCAGACCUCCGAACUCUUCCAAGGCAGCGACAUGGAUGAGAGUGCCUUGGAGCACUUAAAGAGGUGGCUGAUCCCAGAGAAAGUGGCCAUCAGUGCAGAGGAACUGGAGUAUCUCCUGAGGCCAUCUCAGAACAAGGAACCUGCUGAUAGUACCACCCUCCCGAACCAAACACUAAACACAGAGGGAACAGAGAGCGAGACACACAAUGCUGAUGAGGAUGAUACUCAGAACCCAGAGAAAUGACUCUACAUUAACGAUGGAAAUUACUAAGUAAUAACUAAUUUCGGACCUGUUAAGUGAGGCUGAAUUGUUUAUUGAUUUUUUUUUUUUAGUCAGAGUUGUGUUGUGCAAUACCAGAACCAUGGCUAAAAUCAAUUGCUUUACAAGGAUCGAAAGCAUUUAAAGCUUUUCAUAAUCCCUGAUGUUCUCCAAGCAACUUGGUAAUGGGUAUUGGCCCUGUAUGAGUCAGUUGUGUUUGUUCCGUGUUUGCUGUUUGCCUUUUUAACAAUGUUAUAAUAUACGUGUAAUGCAAAAUUUGAAUUUGGAUUUGUUCUGUAGACCACAAAAUUGUCAGGUUUGUCACAAACAUAGUUGAUGGCUUCCUCCUUGAAUAAAUAUUCAGUUUUUAGAAAAGGAUCACACAGAGUUAUGUUGUAUUUCAUUGUCACAAUAUUUUUAGUGUCAACUGCAGAUUCUGAGUCAACAAU